AUGAGUACUCUUAAAAAGAAUGGUCUUGUAUUGUUAUCUACUGAAGGCCUGCGAGAUUUAUCAGUAACAAAUCUCGGCGCGAGCAAACUCGCGCCACGUUUCAUCGGCCCAUUCACAAUACCUAAGGUGACCGGCAAAGCAUACACGCUGGACAUCCCUUUGUCACUGCGACUUCACCCGACGUUCAACGUCGGGCGGCUUAAGGAGUAUCGUCCAGCUACGCUUCACGGCUGGCUCCGUCCUCGGAGACAAAGGCUCAUAGGUCGACCUUCCCUCUCGCCCUGCUCGACGCGCCAGCGACAUCGGACGCGGCUGCGUCCCAGUCUGCGCGUUUUUAAGAACCUGAAGUUAGGUUCCGCAUCCGUUCAAGCAGAUCGCCGUUCGAUUGUCGAAUUUCGCUCGCUGUUCUCUCAGCCCGCGCAGCUCGAUCAAGGGCAGCUUCAGCUUCCAGAUGGGCAUCAACAGCCUUUUUCACCGCCGCAUCUACAUCGUCCUGGUUGCCCAGGACGCCAGCAGUACCAUCGCGAGGGCCCACCACCGCUUGUGGACGCGGACGGUCAGAAGCGCUGGAUCGUGGAGCGCUUGUUAGGUCACGAGGACCUUCGUCGCGAAAGAAAUCGUCGCGACUCCAUGAGCGCGCGGUUCCAACCGCGCGCAAGUAAUGUGUACGUUGGCUCAGGUUUCCACCCUAACAGUAUACAUUCGGUCGACGACCUGAGUGUUCUCGCGGUGAGCGAGAACGAGACGAACGACGACUGUGUCGUGGUGAAGCGUCACCAAGACUACGAGACCAAGAGCGAUUGCGAGUACGUCGUAGUGAAACGUCACCGGGACGACGAGAUGAAGAACGACGACGAGAACGUCGUGUUGAACGUGUAUCGCCACGACCACGCGAACGAGAACAUCGUGGCGAGCACGUGGCACCACGACCUCGAGAACGUGAGUGGUGUCGCCAGCGUGACGCGCCACAAUUAA